CGGAAGGGAAGACUAAUCAUAAUAGCUCAAACGAGCUCUCCGCCGUGAAUCAAUGGCUUCCCCGGCGAUUCAGAGAUCCCCGUAUUCAACCGCCGCAUCACCCACCGCUUCUUCUCCUCUCCAACGCCUCUCCAAUCUCAAGGAUAGAUCACUGAAUGCAACGACUCCGUCUGCCGCCGUCAUAACUCCCACUCCAACCACCGCAGCCACUCCGGCGUUACUCUCCCCUUCACCUGCAUCACCUCUUGACUCGUUCGCAUCCGACCAAAUCUUCUCCGCAUUCCUAUCGCCUGAUUUUGAUUCGGCCCGCUUCUCCUCUGCCGCUCUCUCGUCCGGAUCAGCCGCAUCCCGCAUUGAGAAGCUCCAGGAAGGCCUGCGUCUCCUCGACUUUCAGCUACGUCAUGAAGUUCUCUCCCGUCACGAGGAUCUCCUUAACCAGCUCUCUUCUAUACGCGCCACGGACUCCGCUCUCUCCACCCUGCGAUCCUCCGUCUCCUCCCUCCAGUCUUCUGUACAACGAGUGCGGUCUGAGCUCUCCGAUCCACAUCGCGUUAUUGCCACCAAAACUCUCCAGCUCUCAAACCUCCACUCAACCACUGAGCUUCUCCAGUCUACAAUUCGCUUCCUCCGUCUUUCGAAAAAGCUUCGCGAUCUCAUGGAUUCCACACAAGACCAGGAAAAGCUCGAUAUAUCGAAAGCUGCCCAGCUUCAUUUCGAUAUACUGUCACUCCAUAACGAGCGUCAUUUAUCUGGGAUCGAAGUAGUGGAUUCGGAAUUGAAAUGGGUAACUGAAAUUGGGCAGAAAUUAAGGGGUGAAGGAAUGCGUGUGUUGGAGAAAGGUCUAGAAGAUCUGAACCAGGCAGAUGUAGGGGCUGGCCUGCAAGUUUUUUACAACAUGAGGGAACUGAGAGGGACUGUGGAUGGACUGGUGAGCAAGUACAAGGGGUUGGGUGUGAAGAGUAUAAACACAUCAUUGGAUAUGAAGGCAGUAUCUGCAGGUGGGGGGUAUGGGCCAGGGGGUGUGCAGAGGAGUGGCACCCCCCAGCUUGGGGGAAGCGCCAAGGCUAAGGAAGCUCUGUGGCAAAGGAUGAGUUCUUGUAUGGAUCAGUUGCAUUCCAUUGUUGUUGCAGUUUGGCAUUUACAAAGGGUGUUGUCCAAGAAAAGAGAUCCGUUCACUCAUGUUUUGCUUCUUGAGGAGGUCAUGCAGGAUGAUGAUCCUAUGCUAACAGUGCGUAUUUGGGAGGCACUUGUGAAAUCUUUUGCAAGCCAGAUGAAAUCCACUUUCACUGCUUCCAGUUUUGUGAAAGAAACCUUCACAGUUGGGUACCCGAAGCUCUUGUCUAUGAUAGAGAACCUACUCGAAAGAAUUUCACGUGACACGGAUGUGAAAGGAGUUCCUCCAGCUCUUACUUCUGAAGCUAAAGAUCAAAUGAUUUCUGCCAUUGAGCCAUUUCAGACUGCCUUCUUGGCACUCUGCUUGAGCCGCCUCUCUGAUCUUGUUAAUUCUGUGUUCUCCAUGUCUAGUCGGGGAAGCAUUCCGUCAAAGGAAAAUAUCUACAGGAUCAUAUCACGAAUUCAGGAGGAGAUCGAAUCCGUACAGAUGGAUGCUCGGCUGACUCUUCUCGUCUUGCGUGAGAUUAACAAAGCUCUACUUCUGCUAUCUGAAAGAGCAGAAUAUCAGAUAUCCGCAGGACCUGAAGCACGCCAAGUCACGGGCCCAGCCACCUCUGCACAGCUAAAAAACUUUGCACUGUGUCAGCACCUCCAAGAAGUUCAUGCCAGGGUGUCAUCACUCGUGGCUGGACUUCCAACCAUUGCAUCCGAUGUUCUCUCUCCUGCAUUGGGUACAAUCUAUGGUGUGGCGGGCGAUUCUGUCACAUCCUUAUUCCAAACAAUGUUGGAUCGCCUAGAAGCUUCCAUCUUAAAAAUCCACGACCAGAAUUUCGGGACACUUGGCAUGGACAACAACAAUGCAUCGCCCUACAUGGAGGAGUUACAGAAGAGCAUUGUCCAUUUCCGGUCCGAAUUCUUGUCAAGACUAUUGCCACCUUCUUCUUCAAAUCCCCUCUCCUCAUCCACAGAAACCAUAUGCAC